UUCCUUAUUAUUUGUUUCUUUGUCCUCAUUUGCUCCCUCUUAUUAAUUUUUUUUGUGUGUGUCCUUUACUUCUUUUUCUUUGUCUUACUCUUUCCUUUCCUUUCUUCUCCUCUGUUGUUCCCUCUGUCGGUCACCAGGAGGCUCUGUACUCUAACAUUUGGAGCUUUUCUUCUUCAUUUCCUGCUUCAGGUUGAAUUUUGUGUUUCUAAAAAUGAAAAUAUCAGAAAACCUAUUUUGUUGAGCUGCAGGAAGGGUUUACACAUGAGACAGUUUAAAUAAAACGAUUAAAAUGAAACAAAUGUGACAGAACAUGAGUUUGAACGGAAAUUUAAAAGCUAUAUCCAUAAUAUACCUUAUGAUAAAUAAGGCCGCAAAUAUUAAUCAUAUUUAGGUAGGGCAUAAUAAAUAAGAUAGACAAAAAUAUAUGAAAAUAUAUGCAGUAAAACAGUCAUAUACAAAAAUGCCUUAGGCCAUACACAUGCAUAACGACAGUGUAUGUACAAAACAUAAUAUAAAUAUAGGUAUAAGUAAUAAUAAAUAUACACAUCUACAUCAGAUUACAUUCAGGAGUUUGUCUUCUCUGAACCACUGUCAGAUGGGAGAACAUGGGUCAGCCCCAGUUAAUGCUGUCAUCAAAGAAAUUUGGAGAUAAAUACUAACAUAAUCUGAAAUUCAUGAACAUUUUUUUUUUCAUUUUUCAAGAUUCAACUUUUCACUCAAUUUGUUAAAUCUGAUAUUAUUUUAAUUUGUAAUGAAAAGAUUUUUUUCUACAUUCAGAACAAAUGUAAAAUAGAAUAAGAUGAGCGGUCUGAGACUUUUGGACCUCGAUACACACAAUAUUACAAUGACACAUUAAAAUCUAACAUGUAUCAUGAUAUGGAAAGAAGUAAUAUGAUUAGUGUAUCAUAUAGUUUAUAUAUAAUGACAUAUAGUCAAAUAAUAUGUUAUGAAAUGUGUUACCACUAACAACAACAAUAAUUAAUAAUGACAAUAAAAAUGAUAAUACUAUAGAAGAAAGGAGAGAAUCAAUCAGUGUCAUAAAAAACAGAGAAGAAAAUAUAAUAAAACAAAACCUGAUGAAGUAAUUAAUCCAUUUAAAGGUAAAUAUGACAGAAUCCAGAUGAACCAGCGACAGUCGUCACUGAAAAUGGUUUAUUUCAGGAAACGUGGGGGCUGAAUAUUUUGUUCCAAACGGAAACAGAACCAAAACCAGCAGCUCUGUCAGGAUAACCGGAACUGGUGCAAUUCUGUCUUCAAAAUAAAAUCUAAAAGAAUUUGAAUUGCAAUGGUCUGAUGCUUUACUGUAAAAUACGCUGUGCAGGUUACAUGUAGGUUAUACAUCUGAACUGACUCUCUGAACUCUGAUAACUGAUAAUUAACUUUGCUAAUAAUGAUACUCAUUACAUGAAAAGGAACUGAAUAUUUUUCACCUUUCGUCAGUAACAAAAUAAACAAGAUUUUUUUGAUUCAAUAAUAACACAAACAUUUACAUUGGUGAGGUUAAGCAAUUAUUCUCCAAAUAUCGUUUUCAAGGGGACCUGUAUAUAUUUAUGUCUAUCAUUACAUGGUUGUUUUAAUUAAACUUUAAGUAAAUAGCAAACAGAACAUCCACAAAGAGAGGAACAGCUUUGGGACUGGAACUUUUAAUUGUUUUCAUUAUUGAAAAAUCUGAAGAUUAAUUUUAUAAUACAUCUUUUUUCUGUGAAAUUAUAUAAAAGUGAAAUAAUGACACCUUCAGAAUAUUUGUUCUAUAUGAUCAAUUGUCCAAAAUCCAAAGAUAUUUAAUACAUUGUAAUAUAAAUCAAAAUCAAUCACCAGAGAAGCUGCAGGCAGUGAAUGUUUGCUGCUAGUCCUGUAAAUCAAUUUAUGAAUUAAAUAAUGUAAAAUAAAGAUGAAAUUAAUAAACUAUUUCUGUGACUUGCUUUCAGUGUAUUCAUGUAGAUGAGGAACGAUUUCAAUGAAAAACAUCAGUUUAGUUGGAGAAACCUGCAGUCUAAAGAAACAACUGUUCUGAAAUCCCUCUGUGCUUUUUCUUUGGAAAGAUUAGCGGAAGUGUGGGACGGCUCGGACUGCGGCUGUCUUGACGGAUGUUGCGUCACUGCUGCUUUAAAGCAACCAGCCUCGAGCCGAUCCGAGCAGAGCAAGGCCACAAACCGCAGACCAGAUGGACCACCUCAGAAACUGAAAACCAGGACUGAAAACCGGAAUAAAACCUGGAUUAAAGACCUGGAUUCAACACGGAAACUCCCGGGACGAAAACCGGAGUAAACCCCGAGCCUCGGAGCAUUUAAACCGGAGUGAGGACGCUUCAGUAACCGGGUCCUGCUCUUCCAAAAUGGCCGACGCCGAGGUCUCCCUGUCCCCGGCCUUGAGGCCGCUCCACCUUAGCCCCUCCCACUCUGCCCCGCCCCCUCCACCACCUUCCUCCUCCCCCACCACCUUCUCCUGCCCCUCUUCCCCCUCUAGUGCCUCCUCUUCUUCCUCUUCUUCCUCCUCUUCCUCCUGCUCUGAGAGCUCCUCCGACUGCCCCAACCACCAUCACCACCAUCAUCAUCAUCACCAUCACCAUCAUCCCCGCCCUCAGCUGCAACUGCCCCCGCCCUCCCACAGCGAGCAGCCAUCCUCUCCCAGCGCCAGCCCCCGCAGCUCCAGCCCCAGCGGAAGCAUCGGCAGCUCCGGCAGCCUCGGCAGCAGCAGUAGCGCCAGCGAGGGCAUCGGCAGCAGCGGCAUGUCGAGCGGCUGUGACCCGCGAGGGCCGAGUCCGCCGCUAGAUGUCAUCUCAGAGGACGCCAUGGAGAUGGACCUGGGAGUCGACCAAGUGAUCGACCCUGAAGUCGCUCUGAAGGCUUGUCAAGAAGUUCUUCUCAAGGUCAAGCUGCAGAACAGAGAAGUGCCUGAACAGCAGCAGCUUGACAACAAACAACAACAACAGGACGAUCAACAACAACAACCCCAACACAACACAGACUCAACAGAGCGCACCAGUCCUCAGUGGCACAUCAACCCAGACACCAGCUCCAUCAAAGAGGAAGAUGAGGAGGAGGAGGAGGAGGGUAGCUCUGAGAAAGAGGCACAAAAACAAGUCUGUACCUCCCAGCAAACCACACCUCCUUCUGCCCGGCCGGAGGCGUCAUUCCUGCCAUCAGCAGCAGCAGCAGCAUCGUCAUCUAAACAGUCGUGGCUGCUGCGCCUCUUUGAGUCCAAGCUGUUUGAUGUUUCCAUGGCGAUCUCCUACCUGUACAAGUCCAAGGAGCCAGGCGUGCAGGCUUACAUCGGGAACCGACUCUUCAGCUUCCCCGACAGCGAGGUGGACUUCUACCUGCCACAGCUGCUCAACAUGUACGUGCACAUGGACACGGAGGUGGGAGACGCCAUCAGACCGUACCUGAUCCAUCGCUGCAGAGGCAGUAUCACCUUCUCUCUGCUGACCGCCUGGCUGUUGGGCGCAUACUCCUCCGACAUGCACAUCUCCACCCAGCGUCACUCCAGGGGCACCAAACUCCGAAAGCUCAUCCUGUCCGACGAACUCAAACCUUCUGCUCCUUCGUCCGACGCUCCCAGACCAAUGUCGGCUUCUGUCUCCGAAAGCCCGGUGUCGUCGCCGUCCCACCGUCGCUGUCACCGCAGGCACAACAGCAGUAACGUGGAGGCGUCCAUCUCCCCGGACAACCCCGCAGCCAGGGAGGAGGAGGUCUUUGUUUCCCCCUCCAGGAGGACCCACCAGAGAUCCAAGUCAGACGCCACCACGGCGAGCAGUGGGCCCGGCACCGGCCUCCGACGGACCGGCAGUAACCCAAAGGUGGAGGCGGUUCACGAGGAGCCGGAGCGUCUCCGUCCUCAGCGGGAGUUUGUCAAGUCUCUGCUGUGCAUCGGGAAACGUUUGGCAACGCUGCCCACCAAAGAGCAGAAGACCCAGCGGCUGAUCUCAGAGCUGUUGCUGCUCAACCACAAGCUGCCGGCCCGAGUGUGGCUGCCCACCGCCGAACACCAGCACCACGUCUGCAGGAUCCCGCACACCCAGGCCGUGGUCCUGAACUCCAAAGACAAGGCUCCGUACAUCAUCUAUGUGGAGGUUUUGGAGUGUGAGAGCUUCGAGACGUCCCAUGUUCCUGUCCGGAUCCCAGAGACCAGGAUCCGCUCGGCUCGUUCUGCGGAGAACCUGGACUGCGGCGGCGCCGCGACUAACACUAACGGGAUGACAUCAGAGCACAGGGCGGGAAGUUUCUCCACCGUCCCAAACUACGACAAUGACGACGAGGCGUGGGCCACAGAUGAUAUCGGACAGCUGCAGGUGGAGGUGGAGGCUCAGACCAGCAGCAGUGAUAACAUCAGUCAGUUUUCAGUCGACAGCAUCACAAGUCUGGAGAGCAAAGAGCCGGUGUUCAUCGCCGCCGGAGACAUCAGACGUCGUCUGUCGGAGAACCUCGCUCACACUCCAACUUCAUUCAGGAGAGACCCCGAGGACCCAUCAGCUGUGGCCCUCAAAGAACCCUGGGAGGAGAAAGUCAGGCGGAUCAGAGAAGGCUCUCCAUACGGUCACUUACCAAACUGGAGGUUACUGUCGGUCAUUGUGAAGUGUGGAGACGACCUGAGACAGGAGCUGCUGGCCUAUCAGGUCCUCCGACAGCUGCAGUCGAUCUGGCAGCAGGAGCGAGUUCCCCUGUGGAUCAAACCUUACAAGAUCCUGGUGAUGUCAUCAGACAGCGGGAUGAUCGAACCCGUCCUCAACGCCGUCUCUCUGCACCAGGUGCGUAAACAGAGUCAGCUGUCUCUGCUCGACUACUUCCUGCAGGAACACGGCAGCUACACCACCGAGGCCUUCCUCACCGCUCAGAGGAACUUCGUCCAGAGCUGCGCCGGGUACAGCCUCAUCUGUUACCUGCUGCAAGUCAAAGACAGACAUAACGGGAACAUCCUGCUGGACUCUGAAGGCCACAUCAUCCACAUCGACUUUGGCUUCAUCCUCUCCAGCUCUCCUCGAAACCUGGGCUUCGAGACAUCCGCCUUCAAACUCACGUCAGAGUUCGUCGAUGUGAUGGGCGGCCUGGACGGAGACAUGUUCAUCUAUUAUAAGAUGCUGAUGCUUCAGGGUUUGAUCGCUGCCAGGAAACACAUGGAGAAGGUGCUGCAGAUAGUGGAGAUCAUGCAACAAGGUUCCCACCUUCCCUGCUUCCACGGCUCCAGCACCAUCCGCGGCCUGAAGGAGCGUUUCCACAUGUCUCUGACCGAGGAGCAGCUGCAGCUGCUGGUGGAGCAGCUGGUGGACGGGUCCAUGCGCUCCAUCACCACCAAACUCUACGACUCCUUUCAGUACGUCACCAACGGCAUCAUGUGACCGGAGACGACGUUUGAACCACCGACUGAAUCCAACAGAGACCUCCUCACACACUUCAAAGCAAACGGAAGCAGAAUCUGAACGCGGAGCUGAGGAGAUUCACUGGAUGUGAUUUUCUCGUCUGUCUCCAUCUCUGGAGUUACUCUUUGAUUUUUUUUUUUUUUUUUUCCCAAAUACAAGAUUUCAGUGACGUUCAUGUGCAGCUGGGAAACUACAGCACUAAACAGACUGGAUCAGGUGGGCUGCAGAGUUCAGGAUCCUGGUUUAUGGUGUUGCUGCCUCAGACAAAUUUCAUUCACUAACAGACUUUUACUGGAUUUUACUCUGAACCAGCAUCAACCAACGUUCAGAUCACAGAGGAGCAGGAGGGGAAACAUGAAGCUGUCUGUCUGUUUGGAUCAGUUCUCAAGGUAAACUGUUGCUGAAAUGAUGAAAGAGAUUAGUACAAAUCAUGCAGUUACCGUUUAACGUGACCUAACGUGUUCUGAUGAUCAGAUGAAAACAUUUCAGUUUAAGUUUCUCAUAAUUACCAGGUCUUCAUCUUGUUUUAAUUGGACACUACAUCUUGUAAGAACAGGAUCUUUUCUGCAUCUUUGUUCUAGUUUCCUGCAGAUUCAUGAACAAAGAUCUUUUCAUCACAUUUAUAAAAAAAAAACAUCUUUGUCACUUUCAUCUUUAAGCUCCUGUACAUCCGAGGUCUGGUCUCGUUAGACCAGAUAAAGCUUGUUUAAUUAUGAGAUCCAUUUUGAGAUCCAUGUUUACUCUGUUCACUUCAGUGAAUGAAUUGUAGUAGGCACUAAUGAACAGUAUUUGAGUCUGUAAAACUCAAACUGACUGAGAUUAAAGUUUGACAGCAGCUUGUUUCAGCUGAUCCUCUCCUGCUUUCGUCUGACUGAAACCAAAACAUGGUUCCAACUCUACUGCACCACAAACACCAGCAGGACAUUCUCCUUCUGAUGAACGGAGAACAUCUGUGAACAUCUGUGAUAGUCGGUUCUGUGGUCUGCUUUUUCUGAAAGAACAGAACGGUGAGAAAAACACUGAAUGGAGAAAGCACAACGUGAACUUUGUGUUGUUUACAUCUGUUUUCUUUGUUCUCUGGAUGAAACUAAACAGUUUAGAAAUGAUCAGUUUUUGUUUGACAUGGAGUCUGAGACCAGGUUCUCUCCGUCUGCCGACAGAACUCCCUGACAUGUUGAGUUUUACAUGUUUUCACCAGAUAUUUAUCACAAUCAUUAAAACUAAUUCUACUUUUGUUUUAGUUUUCACAAACUUGAAUGGGCAACGGCCCAGAGGAAGGGAAAAUGUCAUCCACAAGUUUAAACUAAUGACUGAAUCCUUGUUGGCCUACAGUCCAUCUCUGGUCUGCAGUCAGCCAACAUGAACAUCGUUUUACUGUCUGGUUUUGAACUCAGCAGGAGUUUGGAUCAGCUGAUUAGCUUGUUUGAUGUGCAGUUGUUGAGAUUCAGAAACUCUCUUAACCCUACUUUUGGUACAAGAAGAAUAUUUUUGCCAGAGCUAAUAUUGUUUUAUCAGCAGUGUUAGUAAAGCUGAGAUUUAACGUAAGGUCACUAUUUUAAUCAGAUGUAUUGCGCAGUGCUAAUCGCUGCCUUCCUACAUUUUAAGAGCUUUUAAGACUCAUGAAUUUUCACGAACAUGAUGAAACUUGAGGAACUAGAAACAUCUGGUGAAAAAAAGAACCAAUUAAAACAGAUCGUGUCAGAUCAUCAAUUUAUUUAAUCUGCAGGAUUAAGCCAGGUUUAGGAAGGUCCAAGACUAAUUUCAUUUUGAGUUUCUGUCAAGACGCUCGCUACACAACAUGCUAAUGAUGCUAAUGAAAACAAAACAGUGUUGAAUUCAAAAGGAGCAUUUACAUGGAAGCAGUGUAACAGAACACACGGUUCCAGAUGAACUGGACCAGGACCUGGAUGGUUUCCUGUCCAGUCUGAGCCAUCAUCAUCAUCAUCAUCAUCAUCAUCAUCAUCAUCAUCAUCGUCAUCAUCGUCAUCAUCGUCAUCAUCUACAGUCUGCCCAUCUGUGUAUAACUGAACUGAAUUAACAUGUCUGAUAACAAUAUGUGUGCAUAUUUAACAAACACUCAACACAAGAUACAUUCCUGUGACUAACGAGAGCGACGGACUCUGGUUCUGUGUUUCCGAGGAGAUCAAUAAGGAUCAGUUUCCUGGAUAUGUGAAUGUUUUUUCUUUUUCUUUAAACCGUCCACUAAAACUGAAACAGACGCGUUCUCAGUAUUGACAAGCAAACUCCUCUUGUCUCUACUGUAACGCUUAUUAUAAUGUUACUAUCGCUGGUAACACGUUACAGUGGCUUUAUUCCAGUGUUUCACACCUGUGUAAUGUUUGUACGUAGAAAUACUGCUUUUCUGCCUGUGAGAAGUCAGUGACAUUAUUUCUUCUCUCUAGAGAAAAAUUUCAGUUGAUCUUAGUAGACAAGCUAGCAAAUCCAGCAGGCAGCCGUGUUAGCUAGUGUUACUGAAUUUAUUGUCGGACUAAUUAGCUUGCUAACAGUUUGUUCAGGUGUGUAACUCCCUGCAUGUUCCUCUGCUGUAAACACAACUGCAGGUACAAACAUGAGGUAGACGUGUAAAAGUGAGGCUAUAAAAGCAGUGACUAGCUAACAGCUAGCUAGCUGCUAGCUAGCUGUUAGCUAGUCACUGCUUUUAUAGCCCACAUUCAUAACUAAGUUGUAUUUCUGAUGGAGGUAUAAGUCAAGUUAUGGCUGAGAGAUAAAACAACAUGAUGAUCGACUUAUAAGCAUUUAAGGUCAUUAUCGUGCUAAUGACUAACAAACAACCACGAUUAAUUUUCUAUUAAUCUGCCAAUUAUUUUCUCAAUCAAUCAGUUUGAUUUGUCUAUAAAGGGUUUAAAAGUGAUGAAAAUUGCUUGUAAUCUUGCAGAUAAGAUAACAAAUCAGUUUUACUUUUUUCUCUAUAUUUAAUCUCAAGUUUUAUGUUUUAUUCCUGCGCGUUAACGUGUCCUGAACUGCGACAGGAAAAAUGAGUUACCAAUCGGAUUAACAUGCUGUUUUUCUGUGUGCAACCAGGUGGAAAUCUACUUUAGCUUAACUGUAAAUACACUAUAAAAGCCUUUCACUGGAAUAAAGCCAAUGUUGUGUGUUACUGUCAUAAAAUUAACAUCUGUACAGUUGUUCUGCGGGUUUUUUGUGUUUUGACCACUAUUGAAGAGGAAGCACAGAUCUGUUCUUGUAAAAGCGGCAUCAUGUUACCUUCUGCUAACUGUUAGCCUGCUUCUUUAUACGCAACCGCGCUUGACAAAGAUGCAGCUGUGACUAAAGUUUACCUGAUAAGCAACUUAAAUAGCAAAUACUCUUUCUUGUUAUUUCUCUCAUUCAUUUGUGAAUAUGUAUGUAUGUAAAUGAACUGAGUUCGUUUUCCUGUGAGAAAAACAGAUGCCUUGAGAUGUACAGAAGGUACAAACUCUUAUCAAUGCAACAGGAGGGACGAAGGUGUUCGGGUCCCAAACCUGAGAAGUGCUUUUCUAUCAGACGUUUGACCACUUCAGAUACUAGUUUCAACACUCAAUAUCUUCCUCUCCUUCAUCAGUCACGAUGGAAAAAGAAUUUAUUGAUAUUUUCAAGUUAUUCUGGUCACAAUUUGAUAACAGAAACAUUUAGCUGAAUUGACACUUUUCAAAUUUAAAGCAAUGUAAAGUGUAAAUUUGAAUAAGUAAUCCUUGUUAUUUGUUUCCCACUGUUAACUAUCAAAUAAACGCAAAAAUGCCUUUUAAUGUGAACUUAAAAUUAAAGCUGCUAAAACUUGUUUUUCUGGGUGAAGUCUGGUGGGUCCGGAGAGGAGGACAUUGCAGACUGAUGAAACUCGUCCCUGCUACUAUAAACCUUUCAUUGCCUUCUUUCUUCCUUCCAUCAGCUCUGAACACAUUCAAGAAUUUCAAUGUGAAAAACUCUUUAAGUGCAUUUAUCCUGAAUGAAAAAGUCUUCUGUCAUUUGUAAAAGAUUCCUUGUUGUUUUUAAUUUUGUUUGGUACUAAACAUUCAGCACUAAAUCCAUUAAAAACAAAUUAUUUAGUUUGAUUCUAUCGAGGCAUCUAUUGAGUUUCUGUUGAACUCAAGCAGAACAACAUGGGAUUUUUAGUUGUCUUGAAUUCAAUGGGAAAUGUUAAUGAUGCUUACGUCGUGUGAGGCAAACUGACGGCUUAAUGAAAUCUUAAUUUUUCACUGUGUGAAGAAAAAUAACCAAGUUGAAAACACUUUGGAUUUCAGUGCGAUUUCAGAGGUAUUUUCUGUCUUUUUACAAACAGCAUCAUCUCAUAAUGAGGCAGAGGAUGAGGAGGCAGAGCUGACCAUAAUGUAAUGUAUCACUGAUGGAAACUUUUACAGCAGGAAAUCUUAUUUUGAAAGAGGGAACUUUCUUUACGUUGUUGAAAUCCAAAAACUCUACAACCUGGUCUGACAUUACUGGUCUCAGGUCUGUAUCUUAGGGCAAGCAUUGUGCAGUUUUAAAAAAUAAAAAGUCAACACAUUUACACAACAACAUUUAAUAGAUCUCUUUUAAUUAUGACAUAUACAAAGCUUAUAAUUACAAGCUCUUUGGUCGUAAUUACAAAAUCGAAAUUACAAGUUAACUAUGAGAAUACUCAGAAUUAUUAGAUCUUUAUCUUGUAAUCAUGAGAUAUGGAUUUUGUAGUUGGGCCUAAUGGUUUUUGUUGUCAACUGAGAUAUUUUCUCAUAAUUCUGACAAAGAUUUACAUAAUAAUGAGUUAUUUUCAUGUAAUUGAGAUGCUAAUCUUAUGAUUAAUAGAUAUUUUUAUUAAUGAGAUAAGAAUCUUGUAUGUAAUGAAUUUUGUAAGAGCUCAUACAGAAGAAAAAAUUAUGAAAAAAGGACUUUAAUUAAUAGAUAUUUUUUGUGGAUCUCAAUCUCAACAAAAGACACAAAUCUCUCACUAACGAGAUCUUUUGUCAGAAUUAUGAGGCGAUCAAAAGGGAUUUCUUUCGUUUGAGAUUUCUCUGUGUAUUUAUGAGAUUAGAUUCUUUUUAUUCUGACGUUUUCUCAUAAUUACAAGAUAAAGAGUACAAAACUCUCCUUGACAUUAUGAGAUACAAAUUUUGUAAAUGUAAAAUACAUAGUGAAGCGAUUACGUCUGAAUUUUGUCCCACUUGGGUGAAAGCAGUUUGUUUCUGUGAAUUUCUCUGAAAUCCAGCUCAGAAAAAAAACAACAAAAACACACAAUUGUACUAAAAUUUACGAUUAUACCACAAAUUCCUCUAAAUUCCAGUUGAGUUGGUCUUUAAAAAGAAAAACCUUCAGAUUGAAGCUCAAGACAGUUUCUGAAACACAUUUGAUGAAACACAAAAUUUAAAUUUCUCUGCACAGCCUCUCCUUCAGCUCCACCCUCCUCUUCCUCCUCACACAGACUCAGAAUGUAAACCUGUAAGCGUCCACUUAAUUUUGUCCGUUAGGAUCCUCUCAGUUUGUUUCACAGCAGCUGACGAUCAGAGGCAUCGAUCAGCUCACAGCUCAGCCGAUCAAAUCGAUCAGUUUGUGUGUCUCCUGAAUUUCAAUCAUGUACAGAACCAACACACACAUCGUACAGUUUGUCACGUGUCCUCACUAAACUGCAUGGCGACUCAUUCAAUAAACCUGAAACCUGUUUCCUAA